AACGCCUACUUACAGAGACAGGAACCGUGAAAAAUGUUUACAAUGGUAAACUGCCUGAGUAAGACAUCUUCAUUUAUCCACCAUCUCUUCUACCUCCAGACGUCGAAUCGUCGUGGCUAUCUAAUUUGAAACUAUAAGUGAUACUAGUGAGAUGUCAUAUUGCUAAUCUAUAAAACAAUAUAAAUAUUUCCUCAUCUAAAUGGUCCUUCCAAACUUCUAGUUGUGUAUACGCCAGGUUACUGUAGCAGGGUUUUACAUCGAUCCACAAGAACAAAAGAACAAAACACAGCGUAAACAUGAAAUCUUUGGCGCUUGUUGUCCUGCUGUGCUUUGCCUGCGGUCUGAUGUCUUCCUCAUUCGUACUCGCGUCGCCGCAUAUGUGGAGUAGGUUGAUCCUAACUCAACACUGGCCAAGCACAUUUUGCAGUAUGGAACACUGUGAUCCUAAAUUUGACUACUGGACUUUGCAUGGACUGUGGCCAGAUAAAGGCCAGGAAUGCAAUUCAUCUUGGCACUUCAAUGUAACUCUAAUCCAGGACCUACUUCCAGAUAUGCAGAAGUGGUGGCCGGAUCUUAUAACUCCAGCAUCCUCUGAAUUCUGGCAAUAUGAAUGGCAAAAACAUGGAACGUGUGCUGCAAAAGCAGAGUCCCUAAACAGUCAACACAAAUACUUUGGCAAAGUCCUGGAGCUGUAUCACACAUUAGACCUUGAUGGAGUGAUGAAGAAAUUUAACAUUGUGCCCUCGGAGACUUACUAUGCGUUUGACCACAUCGAAGGAAUCAUUCUCAACUUCUACAGUGUGAAACCAAAGAUUCAGUGUAUUCAUCCAAAGGGUGGGAAGGUGCAAGUCUUGGGCCAGAUCGAGAUCUGCUUCAACUCAGACUUCCAACUUGCCAACUGUGAGCAUUCUGAGACAGACACUCUGAGACUAAUUGACUUCCUCAAUGUUAAGGGUACAGAGUUUAGUGUAUGUGACCAUGCCACACCUGUCUACUACCCUCCCCUUAAGGGGAAGCCAUCAAUGUAGUGGCUAGUGAGGUCUGGUUACAAUAUAAUCAGUCAUAUCUCACAUGGAACAUACUCUUCAAAAAAGGAUUAUUCAGCUGUCUCAUAGGAGAAACCUUUUUGGUUCCAGGUAGAACCCUCUGUAGAAAAGGUUCUACAUGGAACGCAAAAGUGUUCUACUUGCAACCAAAAAGAGUUCUUCAAAGGGUUCUACUAUGGGGACAGCCGUAGAACCCUUUAAGGUUCUAGAUAGCACCUUUUUUUCCUGAGUGUAGAUACAAGGUUCUACUAAGUGUGAGUUAGCUCAGAAAUACUAUACUGGACUACUAAAAACACAACUGUUUCCAAUUGAAUUUGUCUACUACUAUUUUGAUCUGUUUUCUGUGUUUUCUGGCAUUCAAACUUAAAAUUUUACUGCUUGAUUCUUAGAAGCAGGUUGAUCAUGUUUUAACUCAGGGAAUAAAUCAGCUUUUAAUGAUAACAUUCCUGAAGGCCUAUACUUCCUAUAUAAUGCUUUAUAAAUAUUUUAUACGCAAAUGGCAUACUAAGAGUGAUAUAAGGUCCUUAAAUCUUGUGCUUUGCCAAAUGUGUCAUACAAAUAUAUAAAAAAUGUUUUAUUGACACAUACAACAAAUAGGUACAGUGAAAUGUGUUGUUUUACAGGGUCAGCCAUAGUCAGAUUUUUCACCUUGUCACCUCAGGUAUUUGAACACGCGACCUUUCUGUUACUGGCCCAACGCUCUCACUGAUCAUAAUAACCCUAAUGCCACCAGUAAUAUAGUAUGACAUUUGCUUUUAAAUUGUUUAAAGUAUGGUCCUACUUUUUGUCAAACUAAAUCUAAUGUUCAAUGCACGGUUUAUGAAGUCUUUUCACUGCCUCCAUUACUCUUUAAAAAUGUUUUGAUGUAAAAAGUGUUGAGUUAUUAAGAUUGUGUAUGGUGGUGGUUAAAACCCAUUGGUUUACAUUAGUAAUGCCAUCUCCAUAAUUUGAUGGAAUGAUGAUCAUGAUUUAAUCAGAUAUACUUAUUGUAUCUGAAACUGAUGUUGUUUCUGCUGUUAAGUUAGUUAGAUUUCAUUUCAGUUGUGGGAUACGCUUUGGUUUUAAAUGGUGGCUUUAUUUGAUAUGGUUCCGAUCCUCUGUAAUUUUUACUGACAAUUAAUUAAAUACAUGUUUCUAUUGCA